GAGUGGAAGUGGGGCUGCGUAUCUGAUCCCGCUGAUGGCGGGGAGAUCUUACCUGCGAGACAUGGGUGGAUUGAGGCCGAGUGUCGUUUGUGGCACUCUGGGGCAUCCUGUUGCUACUUGAGCGGCCAUUGUUGGCGAUCUGAGGGCGUGAUGACGAUGGCACUGGGCAGUUGCCGCGGCUGGCCUCGACAGCUGUUGCCGUGGGUGUGGGAUAAGGCUGCGCCCUGCUGAGUUUCUCCAUCAAGGCGCGUUUUUCUCGUUCACUCUUCUCAAGCGCAGCCCGAAGCUGUUCAACCACGUUGGCUUGACUCAUCAUGUGCGGAUAGAGUUAUGAGGUAGGGAGUGCUGGCGCAAGUAGAUGGUUGGGACAACGAAGAUCCAGCCUCGUGGGUUGAAGUGGGACGGAUAAGCGGACAAAAAGCAGGCUGUCCGCAGGGAGCGGCCGAACCCGGCGAGCAGUGUCUUGAAUGGAUGGGGUUGAAGAUUGCUUGCUGCAGACAAGCAAACGAAGCACGAUGGAAGAUGGAACAAGAGCAGAGAGAAGAUUGGCAGGCUGUCGGAGAGCAAAUGAUAUUUAUCCAGUCGGGCCCGCGAGGCUUCGACAUGCAGGAGGGGGCUCGGCACACCGAGUUGUCGAAGGGACGCAGGUUCGAGGGAUGGGGGACGGACGGCACACGAUUUCAGGUCGAGAUGCAAGCUGCACACCCGGUCAAGUGGUGGGUGGGAAUGUUGGGGAAGACACGGCUCUGGAGGCUCUGGUGUGGUGCCAGGCACACAGCCAACCCACUCACACCCGGGCAAGCCAGAGGUGACGACUGUCCGCGGAUCAACGGUGUAACGGACAAGGGGUUUCUGGGGGAAGCUCUGAUUGAGUGCCCAUGGCGCCGCCCACCGACCCCGGAUUGGCGUCGGCGAGCCAGUCUCGGCGCCUCAAGCGGGUCUCCCAUGCUUCGUGACGAAUCCGAAGGCUUGGAAAUAUGCCAAGGAUGUGCCCUGGAAGAGAGAUCAGCUCCCAUUCGGAGGAUCGUGGUGAAGGGGCUUUGCCUCUUCCAGCAGAACAAUUCAAUGUCGAUGGACAUCGAACUAGUGGAGUUACCUGACACGAUGAAAUGCCACGCUCGUGGGCCUUCUCCUCGGACUAGGGUGCCGUCGAAGCAUUUGCAAUGGAAUCCGUAGCGUGCUUGGCAUCGCGAAUGGAGUGUUUGCAUCUCAAUUUCGACAGAGGGAUUGACUGCAUGCAGAACGGUUGAGCACAGCACAGCGGGCCAACCACUGU